GGGGUGUGGGGAUUGAUUUGGGGGUGGGGGAUGGCAAUUUUGGGGGGGGGGUCUCUCCAAUUUUGGGGUCCCCCCCCAGGGUGAAACCCUUCAAGGGCAAAUCCGUGCACGGGGACGUGGAGCUCAGGGUGGAGCAGGCCCAGUUCUCGGGAGCUCUCCUUGGCCGCCUCCACCCACGGCGCCCUCAGCGUCACCAUCGACCCCCCCCGGGGGGGGCUCCAGGAAGGUGCGCCCCGAUUUCGUGCUGGUGCGGGAGGAGCCCGGGGGGGGCGCGGGGGGCGCCCCCCGGCGGCUGCUGGUGGGGCUGCACCUGGGGGGGGUCCCCGGCAGCGACCCCCUCCCCACCCUGUACGGCUUCAGCCACGCCCCCUGCCUGUUUGCCCAGUUGGCUCGGCUGCAGCGGGAACUGGGCCAUGAGGCCUUUCCACUGGUGCCCCAGCGCUUCUGCAACCGGCCCCGGGGACUGCUGACCGCCCCCACCUUCCCCAUGACGGUGACGCUCAGCCCCGCCCCUGCCGGGGUGGGACAGGUGCGGGUGGGCUCCCGGCCGGUGCUGGCCGCGGUGGCCGCCGCCAUGGGCGGGGGCGCGGCGGGGGCGCUGCUGCGGGGGGACCCCCGCGGGCACCGAGAGGCUGCGGGUGCAGAGGAUCGGGGACCAGUACCGGGCCCUGCGGUGGUCCCUGGGGGGCGGGGACACGGCGGGGGAGGGGCCGCAGGUGGAGCCCGUCGCGCUCAGCCCCAGGCACCGCGCGUGGGUGGACGCCUGCGCCGGCCUCUUCGGGGGGCGCCGACAUCUGCGGGGUGGAGGCGCUGCGGCGGGGCCCCGACGGGCAGGAGCACAUCGUGCAGGUGCUGGGCUCGUGGCUGCCCCUGCUGGGCCCGGGCGCGGCCCGAGGACCAGGCGCAGAUCGUGGAGCUGGUGCUGGAGCGGAUGAGGGAGGAGCUUGCCCCGCCCCCGCAGCCCCUCCCCCGCCCGGCCACGCCCACAGGUGGCGGCGACGUCGGGGAGCCCCCGGGCGGGGACCCCCCCCCCAGCAGAGACCCCAGCCCCAGGGUGCGCCGCCUCCGUCUGGCCCCGCCCAGCCCCGCCCCCAGCCGCAGGGGCAGCCACGCCCACAAAUGGGUGGAGCUUCACCGCGCCCCGCCCAGCCAGGCCCCGCCCAGCCCCGAGGCCCCGCCCAGCCCCGCCCGCUUGCUGCACAGCCCCGCCCCCAAACCCCAGCGGCCACGCCCCAGCCCCGCCCGACCUCCCCGCAGCCCCGCCCACAAACCCCCGCCCAGCCCUGCUCAGCCCCGCCCACAAACCCCGCCCAGCUCGCCGCAGCCGCAUCCGCAAGCCACGCCCACUUCGCAGCCACGCCCACCUCUGGCUGCCGCGGCGCCUCAGCCACGCCCACCCAGCCCCGCAGCCACGCCCACAAGCUCCGCCCACCUCCCCUCAGCCCCGCCCACAAAACCUCUCCCACAUCCCAACCCCGCCCCUCAAGCCCCACCCACCUCACAGCCACGCCCUCAGGCUCCGCCCACCUCACAGCCCCCGCCCUCAAGCCCCGCCCACCUCCCAGCCCCGCCCACCAGGCCCUGCUGUGUCCCCCCAGCCAAGGCCACAAGCUCCGCCCACUUCGCAGCCCCGCCCCCAAGCCCCGCCCACCUCCCCCCAGCCCCGCCUCCAGCGCUCCCCCUCCGUCCCCCAGCCACCGCCCUCAGGCCCCGCCCCCCCUCAGCCACGCCCCCGCCCCCCCGGCCCGCAGGCCCCGCCCACCACCCGCCAGCCCCGCCCCCAGGCCCCGCCCAUCGCCCCCAAACCUGCGCUGGCCCCAAAGCCCGGCCCCGCCCCUCCCCCCAGCCCCGCCCCCGAGCCCGGCCCCCCCCGAGAGCCUGCGGGCGCUGCGGCAGAGCUUCGCCAGCCUCUUCGAGUGACCCCGAAACCGCCCGGGGACCCCAAAAACCGCCCGGGGGACCCCGAAACUGCCCGGGGACCCCAAAAACUGCCCAGGACAACCCCAAAAACCGCCCGGGACACACCAAAAUGCACCUGGGGAACCCCGAAACUGCCCGGGGAACCGCAAAAACCACCUGGGGGACCCCAAAAUGCACCUGGGAAACCACAAAAACUGCCUGGGACACCUCGAAAUGCACCCGGAGAACCCCAAAACCGCCCGGGACACCCCGAAACCGCCUGGGAAACCCCGAAAUGCACCUGGGGAACCACAAAAUGCACCUGAGGGACCCCAAAACCGCCCAGGACACCCCAAAAACACCCGGGGCACCCCGAAAUCCAGCUGGGGAACCCAAAAUGCACCUGGGGAACCACAAAAAACACCCGGGACACCCCAAAAAACACCCGGGGAACCCCGAAAUCCAGCUGGGUGAACCCUGAAAUGCACCUGGGACAGCCCAAAAUCCACCUGGGACACCCAAAAAUGCACCUGGGGAACCCCAGAAUGCAGUUGGGACACUCGGGGAGCCCAAAAUCCAACUGGGGAACCCCGAAACCUGCCCGGGGAACUCCAAGAUACACCCGGGGAACCCCAAAAUCCACCUGGGGAUAUCCCAAAAAUCCCCCCCAGUGAUACCCCAAAACCCACCCGGGGGACACCCGAAAACCCCUGGGGAUAUCCAAGAAUCCCACUGGGGACACCCCAAAAUCUCCCUUGGGGCACCCCAAAAUCCCCCCGGGUGCGCCCCAAAAAUCCCCUGGGGACAUCCAAAAAAACCCUGCUGGGGACACCCCAAAAAUCCACCGGGGCACCCCAAAAAUCCCACUUGGAACAUCCCAAAAGUCCCCCCAAAACUGCCCUGGGGACACCCCAAAAAUCCUCUCGGGGGUGCCCCCAAAACCCCCUGGGGACACCCCCAAAAAUCCCACUGGGGACACCCCAAAAUCCCCCCCGGGGGCUCCCCAAAACCCCUUCGGUUCACCCCAAAAUCCAUCCCUGCUUCGUGACACCCCAAAGGAGGGGUUUGGGUACCGGGACCCCCGAAAAUUCACCCCAAAUCCGCCCUGGGACACCCCAAAAUCCCCCUGGGGUGCCCAAAAUCCACCCGGGACCCCCCAAAAUCCACCUGGGACCCCCCAAAAUCCACCCGGGACCCCCCAAAAUCUACUCGGACCCCCCAAAAUCCAUCCUGGGAGGGGUCCCGAGUGUUCAAGACACCCCCAAAAUCCACCCGGGACCCCCCAAAUCCACCCUGGGGGGGUCCCAGGAGUCCAGGACCCCCCAAAUCCCCCCCGGGAUCCCCAAAAUCCUCCCUGGACCCCCCAAAUGCCCCCAGGGAUCCCCUCCCCCCCUGCUCUGUGCUUGCCAAGCCCCUCCCCCCCAAUUCUGGGGGGGUCUCUCCGUGUGCGCUCGUGAGUGUGUAAGCCCCGCCCCCCGCUUGGCCACGCCCCCGCUUAGCCCCGCCCAGGUGGGCGGGGUCAAUAAAUCCCUGAGCUGCUGGCG